GGCAUAUUUCCUCAAUUGCUACAGGAGUAAUAUAAUCAAGCAGUUGCAGAACCAAAAUCUUCGCAGAAUGUCGGCAGACGCAGAAAAUGGUACAAUACCGUUGAUGAAUCCGAUACUCGCUCAGGAAAGCGAGGAUCACUUGUAUCAUUUCGGAAUUCUGCGAAGUGCCGUCGAUUUGCCAAAAAUGUUUGGUGAUGUUAAGUUUGUAUGCUGCGGAGGAAGUCCAACACGACUUGCAUACUAUGCUGAAGUGUUUGCCAAAGAUGUGGGAUUAGAAUUUGGAAAAAAUUUAUCUAAUUCAGAUCGCUAUGUGUUGUACAAAACUGGACCAGUAUUAUGGGUUAAUCAUGGAAUGGGUGGGCCAUCACUCAGCAUUAUGAUUAUUGAAAUCAUCAAACUGCUGCACUAUGCCAAUGCUAAAAAUGUAACCUUCUUCCGACUAGGUACCUCAGGUGGCUUGGGUGUGCCGCCGGGCACAGUAUUGAUUUCAAGUGGUGCAGUAAAUGGUGAAAUGCAAGAGUAUCAUAUACAGUAUAUCAUGGGAAAAAAGACUCUUCGGCCGACUGUGCUUGAUCAAGAGCUAAAGGAUGAACUGCUUGCUUUAGCCAAAGAACUUAAACUUCCUGUUGAUUGCGGACAAGCCAGGUUGGAUGGAGCCUUUUGUGAGUAUACAAAGAAAGAUAAGUUUGCCUUCUUGGAAAAACUGUAUGCUGAGGGCAUUCGUAAUAUUGAAAUGGAAUCAACUUGCUUUGCUGCGAUGACCCAUCGAGCUGGAAUCAAAGCAGCGAUCGUUUGUGUAACCUUAUUGAACCGUAUGAAGGGCGAUCAAGUACAAGUAGAAAAAUCCGAAUAUAAAGACUUUGAAACUAGGCCUUUCAAGUUAAUAACAACUUAUAUAAAAAAUAAAAUCGCUGCAUCAGGCAAGAAGCAAUAAAC